AAUUUUAAGAUCGAACGGAACACAACAACGUGCUCACCCAAACGGGCCAAAUCCCAGUCCGACCGACUACAUAAUAAUCAUCACUUUCCCAGUAUACAACUCACUACUUUCUUCCUAGCAAUAGUAGUGUGUCCCUGCUCUGUCUCUGGUUGAAGGCUCAAUCUUACGAACACUCUCUGGCAGAUCUCUCCGAUCAGGGGAAAAAGUUGAUGUGGAAUGGAAGUUAGUACAACAAUGCAAGGUUUCAAAGCUAAAAUUAGGGUAGCAGCCGUGGUUAUUAUUUCCAUAUGGAUCGGUCUUGCUGCUAUUUACGGUUUGGUAAAACCAAUUUCAAAUGGUUGUGUCAUGACAUACAUGUACCCUCAAUAUAUUCCGAUCUCCUCUCCUGCAAAUGUAUCAUCCUCAAAGUAUGGGUUGUAUUUGUAUCAUGAAGGUUGGAAGAAGAUUGAUUUUAAUGACCACGUUAAGAAGCUUAGUGGCGUUCCUGUCCUCUUUAUUCCUGGCAAUGGUGGUAGUUACAAGCAGGUAAGAUCAUUAGCAGCAGAAUCUGAUAGGGCUUAUCAAGGAGGCCCACUUGAGCGUACAUUUUACCAAGAAGCUUCCCUAACUCUCAAAAAGGGAGGCGUAAAUAUUGAUGCAGCUGGCUUUGGUUCACCUAACCAUUAUAUUUCAAAGCUAGACUGGUUUGCCGUGGAUCUUGAAGGUGAACAUUCUGCAAUGGAUGGUCGGAUACUGGAAGAACACACGGAAUAUGUAGUAUAUGCAAUUCACAGGAUUCUGGACCAAUAUAAAGAUUCUCGUGAUGCUAGAGUAAGAGAAGGAGCUGCUGUGUCUGGGAAUCUGCCAAAAAGUGUGAUAUUGGUGGGUCACUCUAUGGGUGGUUUUGUUGCUAGAGCUGCAAUUAUACACCCACAUUUAAGAAAGUCAACUGUUGAAACAAUUCUCACACUUUCAAGCCCGCAUCAGUCACCUCCUGUGGCAUUGCAGCCAUCCUUGGGUCAUUAUUAUGCACGUGUCAAUCAGGAAUGGAAAAAGGGGUAUGAGGUCCAAACUUCUCGAAGUGGACGCUAUGUGUCUGAUCCUCCACUCUCUCAUAUUGUUGUUGUCUCCAUCUCUGGUGGUAUUAAUGACUACCAGGUGAGGACAAAGUUAGAAUCUCUUGAUGGUAUAGUGCCUCCUAGCCAUGGUUUUUUGAUUAGCAGUACAGCCAUGAAAAAUGUGUGGUUGUCAAUGGAACACCAGGUUAUUUUGUGGUGUAAUCAACUUGUAGUGCAGGUGUCCCACACUUUACUCAGUCUGAUAGACCCUGAAGCAGGUCAACCAUUUUCUGAUACACAAAAAAGACUUGCAGCAUUCACAAAGAUGCUUCAUAGUGGGAUGCCACUGAGUUCUAAUUGGUUGAGACAAUCACUAUUACCUCAGCAGGCAACCCAUGAUCCCGUUCAAAAUGGAAAAAAAAUUACUGGAUCUCAAGGGCAUACACUGUCUGCUUGUCCCAGUAAUGUUCGUUGGACUGAUGAUGGCCUUGAAAGGGACCUAUAUAUUCAGACAUCUACUGUCACUGUUUUAGCGAUGGAUGGUAGAAGGCGGUGGUUAGACAUUGAGAAACUGGGGUCCAAUGGAAAAGGCCACUUUGUACUUGUUACAAAUCUUGUCCCAUGUUCUGGGAUUAGAUUACAUCUUUGGCCUGAGAAAGGAAAAUCAGCAUCAGACUUGCCUGUUGGUAAAAGGGUUCUAGAAGUGACACAAAAAAUGGUGCACAUUCCAUCAGGACCAGCACCAAGGCAGAUUGAACCAGGUAGUCAGACUGAGCAAGCUCCUCCAUCAGCUGUAUUUUUGUUGGCUCCUGGUGAUAUGCAUGGUUUCAGAUUCUUGACCAUCUCAGUUGCACCUAGUCCGACUGUUUCAGGAAGGCCUCCACCUGCUGCUUCCAUGGCAGUUGGACAAUUCUUUAGUCCAAAAGAUGGGGAAUUAGAGUUGUCUCCUCAGUUGUUGCUUCUCUCAACUUAUUCUCCGAAGGACAUAAUAUUGAAGGAGGACCAUCCUCUUGCUUUCAACAUGUCAUUUGCUAUUAGCUUAGGUCUUUUUCCUGUUAAACUAUCUCUGGAAACUACAGGAUGUGGAAUAAAAAAAUCUGUACUCCCCGUUGAAGAGGCUGGAGAUCUGGAGAAUGGCAGACUUUGCAAACUGCGCUGUUUUCCACCUGUAGCCCUUGCUUGGGAUGCUACAUCUGGUCUUCACAUAUUUCCAAAUUUGUAUUCUGAGACAGUUAUGGUGGAUUCUUCACCAGCACUCUGGAGUUCAACUCAGGGGUCCGAGAAGACUACCGUUUUGUUACUGGUGGAUCCACAUUGUUCAUAUAAAGCGAGUGUGGCUGUCCCUAUCACUGCUGCAGCCAAAAGAUUUUUGCUUUUGUACGGUUCAGAGAUUGUUGGUUUCUCCAUUGCCAUCGUCUUUUUUGCUUUAAUGCAGCAGACACAUGCGUGGGAGCUUGAUUUACCUAUACCUUCAAUGUUGUCAGCUGUAGAAUCCAAUUUGAGAAUGCCAUUGCCAUUUUUUGCCCUAGCCAUUGUACCCCUUUUCAUUGCCUCAUUCCUUUCCUUUCUAGCAUCCGAACCAUUUUCUCCAUUUGUAAGCUUCAUCCUUGUCUCAAUAGUUUGCUAUUUAUUUGCAAAUGGGUCCGUAAUCCUUUUGAUAUUGAUCACCCAAUUGGUUUUCUAUGUGGCUGCAGUUGUACAUGUUUUCAUCAAGACACGGUGGCAAUUGUGGGAAGGAAACUUUUGUUUUGGGUUCUCUCAUUGGUUCCUCAAUAUUUCUUCCAGUUUUUUAUCAUUCAAGGUGGUAAGGGUUUUAAGGGUGAACCCAUUACUUGUUACUGCACUGGUUGCAUUUACCUUGGUAUGCUUUGUUCAUCCAGCUCUGGGUAUGUUUAUAUUACUCUUAUCUCAUGCAUUGAGCUGUCACCGUGCAUUAUCCAGUUUUUUGUCGGCUUCCUUUCGCAGCCAUGCCCGAAGCAAGGAAUCAUCUGACUCCCAAAAUGAAGGUGACAACAUGUCUGAGCAAUUUGCUCUUAGACAUGGUGAUGGGUUCGACCAGCAUCUCCCAUUGGAUGAUAGUUGUUUGACAAGCAGUCCAAACUCUGCAAGAAGCUUCGGUGAAACCCAAUUAGAGACGUUCCACUAUCGGCAUGGCUUGCUUAUCUUGCAUUUUCUUGCAACACUCAUGUUUGUCCCUUCACUUGUGGCCUGGUUGCAGAGAAUAGGUAUGGAUCAGAGCCUUCCAUGGUUAGUGGAUUCAGCUCUUUGUAUUGGUGUCAUCCUCCAUGGUAUUUGUGAUUCGAAGCCAGAACUUUAUUUCUUCUCGUUUCCCUUGCUGGGAAUCCGUGGUUGGGAAGUAAAACUGACCUUCACCUAUCUGCUUGCUGGAUACUAUUCCUAUCUUUCUGGAUUGGCCUUAGCUCCUUACAGAGCAUUUUAUGCCAUGGCGGCAAUUGGUGUUAUUUCCUUCACUUUCAGGAUAAUACAGAGAAGGAAUAGGGAGAAGGGUGAAUCAUAUUUUAGCAGCCGAAAACAUUCUCACAGGCACUGACAGGGGCUUGUCUGAAAACACCAAACCUAAUUAAAUUUUUUGAACCAGUCCUGUUGUACAAUGAUAUGUUGUUUCCUGAUAAUAGUGAGAUGUAACAUGGAUAUGGCUUCAGCCACCCCGGUUUUGCAGUUCAAAUUUGUAAAGACGCGUGGAGAGAGAGAGAGAAAGAGAGAGAGAGAGUUUGUGAACCUAGUCGUAGGGCCAUUUUACCGAUGAUAGAAAGCUCAGCUUGUUCCAAUUCUCUAUAGCUUGGGCAACUUUGUACGAUUUUAUGUUUUCCUUUAUCUGGGAAAAAGGGGUGAUUGAGCGAUUUCCAAUAUAACUGUAUAAUUUUUUUGAUGUGACAAAAAUUCUUUGUUCUAAAAACAAAGCAGUAAAAAUGUUUUCGAGUGAAUUUGAUCUGAGAUC